AUGGAAGAAUCUGAUAGCGAGGAUGAAGAUAUCAACGAUACCGCCCCAGAUGCUGAACCUACGAUCAUCAAAACAGAGCCUCGAGAAUCACCACCAUUGAUCCACCAACCCACUUCCGUGUCAGUAGCAGAUUUGGACAACUUUGGCGACUUUGAGGCGACUGACGACUUUGAAGAUGAUGUNUUUGAUGAGGGCGAGGAAUAUGUUGAGAGGUUGUGGAUGGAGCAAGAGCAGAUCAAACUCGAGAACGGCGAAGAUGACAGUUUUCAAGACGACCCAAUCGAGACUUCGGAAGCAGAUGCCCCGACAUGUCCCAUCUGCAGCGUCAGUCUAGCUGGCGUAGCAGAGUCAGAUGCAGGCGUACACGUCAACAACUGUCUCGAUGGAAAUCCGACUCCCUUGCCCGUGAAGAAAGAAAAGCCACCGCCGGUCACCAUCUCAUCAGCACAUUUCAAGAAGCCCGCCCGCCCAGCAAAACCCGCUCAGUCGCAACCACUUGGAAGUGGUGCUUCAAGUUCCGCCUUCUCAAAACUCAUGACUAGUCGAUCAGAAGACAUGGCUUGGGCCAAUGCUGCCGCUGCUGAAAAUGCUUCUCGUGGAAAACCAAGCUAUACCCGCACAUGUCCAUUCUACAAGAUCUUACCUGGUACCAACAUUGCUGUCGAUGCUUUCCGAUAUGGCGCUGUCGCUGGUUGCAAUGCCUACUUCUUGAGUCACUUUCACAGCGACCACUACGUCGGCCUGACGAGUACUUGGUCACAUGGUCCCAUCUACUGCAGCAAGGUCACAGCCAAUCUGGUCAAGCAACAAUUGCGAGUCAACCCAGAGUACGUGAUCGCCUUAGACUGGGAGGUACCGACAGAAGUCCCAGGUACGCCGGGUGUAACGGUGACCAUGAUAUCAGCGAACCACUGUCCCGGCUCAUCACUGUAUUUGUUCGAGAAGCCGUUGAGCAAAGGACCAGAACUCAAGCUGCAACGGAUCCUACAUUGUGGUGACUUCAGAGCAUGUCGUAUGCAUCUUGAGCACCCUUUGCUUCGACCAGAUGUCCAAGAUCACAUUACCGGGAANAACAAAGAGCAGAAGAUCGAUGUCUGCUAUCUCGACACCACCUACCUGAACCCCAAAUACGCCUUUCCUGACCAAGAAGAUGUCAUCAAGGCAUGCGCGGACAUGUGCGUCAGAUACAACGAUGAUCCUCUAGUGCUCGAUACCCUCAAAUCUGAGAGUGCAGGCAUGGCAAGCUUCGUCCGCAAAGACUCGCAACCGUCUCUUAAACAAGAAGAUUCGGAUGUCCAUAUCAAGCAAGAACACUCGGAAUCGACAGAACUCAAACUCCACAACAACGGCAAAUUGACCAGCACAAAAGCUGCACGAUUACUGGUCGUCGUAGGCACCUACUCAAUCGGCAAAGAGCGCAUCUGUAUCGGCAUAGCCAAAGCCCUGAAGUCGAAAAUUUAUGCCCCAGCAGGCAAACAACGCAUCUGCCGCGCCCUUGAAGAUCCAGAACUAUCUGCUUUGCUCACUACAGACCCGCGCGAAGCCCAAGUGCACAUGACACCAAUCUUCGAGAUCCGUGCCGAUACACUAGACGAUUACCGCCAAGGCUACGCCGACCACUUUGACCGCUGCAUCGGUUUCCGUCCUUCAGGCUGGAACUACAAACCACCCUCUUCGCGUCUCGAAACCCCUAAUGUUGCCAAUAUCCUCUAUUCUACAUCUUGGAAAUCUUCUUACUCGAUCAAAGAUCUGUCUCCGCAACGAGGCUCUACUAAUCGUGCUAAAUGCUUUGGAGUUCCGUAUUCCGAACACAGCAGUUUUAGAGAGUUGAGUAUGUUCUGCACGGCACUGAGGAUUGAGAAGAUUAUUCCUACGGUUAAUGUGGGGAGUGCUAAGGGAAGAGAGAGGAUGAAGGGAUGGGCGGAUAGGUGGAUUGCUCAUCGAGAAAAGAAUGGAUGUUUUGAGGUCAAGGAUUGGUGA